AUGCGCACUUCACCCCUCGUUCUGCUUGCCGCCGUCGGCGCGUCAGCUCUCCCGUCCCACGCCCACCAUCGUGCUCUGCACGCCAAGAAGGACGUCUCUGUCACUGCCACCAUCGACGGCAAGGUUGUCUCGUGGAUGCAGGGUGACUCGCCCUUCAAGCUGGCCUACAAGCCCACUACCAGCGCCACGUCGACUGCCACCUCGACCAGCACUUCUGUGGCCUCCGCCACCCCCACUACCUCCAGCUCCAGCUCCAUUUCUACCAGUUCGAGCUGGAGCUCGAGCUCGAGCUCCACCGUUGUUGCUGCCUCCACCAGCAAGAGCGUGUCCUCCAGCAAGACCUCCUCUGCCGCGGCCGCCGCCUCUACAACCGCCGCAUCGACUUCGACCAGCACCGAUAGCGGUAGCGGCCUUUCCGUGUACUCGGCCUUUGCCACUUGCUCUUCGGAGAAGAAGCGUGCCACUAUGGCCGAGAUCGCCUACACGGGCAACACUGGAUGCGAUGGCUACGGCUCCAACAUUGUGCUCGUCCAGGCCAGCAUCGCCGACAAGUACGACUAUACCGUCAAGGUUGUGAACGACAUGUCCUCGACGGCUCAGUGCAAGAUCUGGAACAAGAUUGGCUCGGACGGCAAGAUCGACGGCUUCUUCACUGGCUUCGAGGCCAAGACCUUCACCCUGAAGGCCGGCUCGUCUCAGUACGUCGCAUUCGACGGCAACAGCCAGGGUGGCAUGUGCUGCUCGUCUGGCUCCAUCGCCACCACGGUGGCUGGCGAGUUCCUCUGCCCGUGGCUCGAGUUUGACUUCGCCAACACCUCCAACAACGAAUGGUCUGGCUUCGAUGCCUCUGCCCUGGUUGAGGGCAGCGCCGGCGGCCCGUACAACGCUCUCAAGGUCUGCACCGAGGAUGGCUCCACCUGCUCGUCCCUGGACGGCACCGGCAGCGGCACCAACGCCUACCUGCCGGGUGACGAGGCUGCUGAUGGCAUUGGUGGCAACAUUGCGGCUGGCAGCCUCUCGCUCAUUGCCACCUGGUCUUGA